CUUGAUGACUGUACAGGUUUCUCUCUCGGAGGAUGACUGCAAGUGACGCAGGGCACACGGUAGCAGCUGGGUCUGGAGGGGAAGUAAAGGAUGCUGGAGAAGCCCUGACUUCAUUUAUAUCAUAAGUUUAAACCCAGCGCACGAGCUGCCAAGACGCGCGGACGACACGUGGGUUACCUGGCUGCAGGAUCACCUGCGAUAUCAAUAAAGAGGAAUCAUCGGCUCAUCCUCCGGGCGGAUUAGUUUGGAUGCAUGCCCAGGGAACACUGACCCCCGUCUCUGCACAUGGAAAAGUAGAUUAAUCAUUGCCUUUUCCCAAAAAUCCCGUUCUGAGUCGUAUCUCGGAUAUUUGGAGCCGCAUUUUUGCUUCCAUCAGUUCUGCAAAUCUCCUCCACCAUGAACUACCUACGUCGACGGCUCUCGGACAGCAAUUUCAUGUCCAAUCUCCCUAAUGGUUACAUGGGCGACCUCCAACGCCCCGAUCCGCCGCAGCAAAGCCCCGCAGUGUCGCCCGGGCCGGCGGAGAGGCGGCAGUCCACCGGCCAGCAGCAGCAGCAGCCGCCGCCGCUGCAGCCGCAGCCGCAGCAGCAGCAGCAGACUUCUGCAGGCGCGGGCUCCAGCUUUUUCUCCUCUCUAUCCAACGCUGUCAAGCAGACUACCGCCGCUGCGGCUGCAACCCUCUCCGAGGCGGCGGACCGAGCAGGAGGCUUCAGCAACGCAAAGAUCAUCCUGGUGAUCGACGAUCAGCAGACCGACUGGGUGAAGAUCUUCAGAGGAAGAAAAGUCCACGGAGAAUUCGACAUAAAAGUGGAACAGGCAGAGUUCACUGAAAUCAACUUGGUGGUCAACAGCACAGGUAGCUUCAAUGUGGACAUUGAUGCAAUCCGCAAUGGACACAAGGUUACAAAAUCCUUUAAACCAGACUUCGUGCUGAUUAGACAGCACGCCUUUAGCAUGGACAAAAACGGAGACCACCGCAACAUAGUGAUCGGACUGCAGUAUGCGGGGGUUCCGAGCGUGAACUCUCUGCACUCUGUCUACAAUUUCUGCGAUAAACCAUGGGUGUUUGCUCAGAUGUCAAGACUCCAUAAGCAGCUGGGCCCAGAGGAGUUCCCACUGAUUGAGCAGGUUUACUAUCCGAACCACAAGGAGAUGAUAACUUCCCCUCGGUUCCCUGUUGUGGUCAAGAUGGGCCAUGCUCACUCAGGAAUGGGAAAGGUCAAAGUGGACAAUCAGUACGACUUUCAAGAUAUUGCCAGUGUUGUUGCACUGACCAAGACCUAUGCAACAUCGGAGCCUUUUAUCGAUGCAAAAUAUGACGUCCGCAUUCAGAAGAUUGGUAACAAUUACAAAGCCUACAUGAGGACAUCCGUUUCUGGUAACUGGAAAACUAACACUGGCUCCUCCAUUUUGGAGCAGGUGGCCAUGUCAGACAAGUACAGGCUGUGGGUGGAUUCUUGUGCAGAGAUCUUUGGCGGAUUAGAUAUUUGUGCUGUGGAGGCUCUGCAUGGUAAAGAUGGGAUAGACUACAUUAUAGAGGUGGAUGAUUGUUCGAUGCCGCUCAUCGGGGACCAGCAGGAUGAGGACCGGGUUCAGAUCGCAGACCUUGUGCUUAGUAGAAUGAACCAGACCGUUCCGCGGACUCCAAGCUCUUCAGCAGUCCGGACUUCAGCCGGACAGCAAACACAGAAAGCGGUUUCUCCCCAGCCGGUCUCACAGCCCAAAGUACCGCAGGCUUCACAGCGCCCCUCACCUCAAGGUGGUCCUCAGCAGAGUCCUCCCUCCCAGCAGCGCCCUCAACCUCAGGGCCAGCCUCCAGCGCAGGCCCAGCAAUUAGCCGCCAGCCCGUCUUCUGGUGACUCCAAUACACAAGCCAAGAGUAACCAAGUACCUGCAGCUCAACAACGGCCACCGGGUCAGGGUGUUCCUCAGAGAAGCCAGGGAGGUUCCCCUCAGGCCCAAAGGCAGCAGUCUGUUUCCCAACAGAAACCUCCUGCUGGAGGUCCUGGCCAGAAACCUGUUGGUGCACAAUCCCAGCCACAGAAACCUGGUCCAGUGCCUAGACAGCAAUCACAAGGAGGGUCGGCGCCCCAGAGGCAUCCAGGCCAGCAAGGUCGCCCAGGAGCACCCACCACCCAGCAACCACGACCUGCUGCUCAAGGCCAGGGUGGCCCAGGAGGGCGCCCCGCUGUUCAGCAGAAGCCUCAUCCUCCACAGAAACCCAAUCAGGAGAGUGCUGCACUGGGCGCUUCUCCACAAAUAAACAAGUCCCAGUCUCUUACCAAUACCUUCAACAUUCCAGAAACCCCAGCGCCACGAGCCAGCCUUAGCCAGGACGAGGUGAAGGCUGAAACCAUACGCAAUCUACGCAAAUCUUUUGCCAGUCUCUUCUCAGACUGAGAUGGCAAAAGCCCCACUUCACAACCCCCACCCAAUUCCUUCCUGCUUCGAACGCGACAGGCAAGCCUUGGAGCGACUCCCUUCCACCCCUCAAUGAGCAAGGACCAACAGAAUCUUUAGUUUUUGUGGGGAAGAAAAAACAUACAGACUUGUCAUUUUACUGCCCAAACUGUUCAGAUCUGUCUGAAUGAACAAAACGGUUGAACCCAGUCAGACAGCCAUGUUCGAAACAUCUCUUGCCUUGACUUAAACAAGUCAUCCACUGAAAAGCUUGUAUAUGCAUGCGACACAUACAUGGAAAAACAGCUUCUCGUUUGUUGGUAGUGUGAAGUCAUUGUAGUGUGUAUAGUUAAAUAGGGAAAAGUCUGUGCAAAAAUAUUGGGGAUGAGGAGGGUUGCCCAAUCUUCUUUUCUGAUUAUUUAGGCUCCUCUCCUUUUUGAGAAAAAGAGCUGAUAGUGUUUUUGUUACCACAGGACAAAGUUCACGUCGAUUAUGGACUUGUGUAGUUUAACCUCAACUUGAAAUUUGAGUUGGUGCAUUUACGGCUAGAAAAGAAAUAGAUCACCCCUCUUCCACCUUUAAAUAACUUUGUACAACGCCUAAUUCACUUCGGCCGCACACAUAGAAUAACCCUCGUAAGCAAAUGUUCUAGCCGUUGAGCGCUCACUGUGAUGUCUUGGCUGCAUGUCAACCGUCGUUGGGGCAGGUGUUGCGAUUUCCAACCGCUUGUAACCGUGUCGUCACAUGUAGGUGAAGUAGUUAGUGAACUAGCCAUGUACCGUAGGUGUCGUGAGCGUGUCAUAGCUCCCUCUUUUUUCUGCUUAAUAAAAAGCCGAACAGCGCGCCUUACACAGACAAGAGCGUCAAAUCAAGUGGAGGUGUCUCAGGGAUGUCCAGUUGAUUGUGACACUUGUGUGUGGAUGAGGGUCUUCCAUGACAGUCAUAAUGUGGAGUUUACAGGUGACAAAAGGACAAGCGUGCAUUUUCAUGUGCUAGAAUGUUCUGCAAUUUCAAUUACAUUUGCACAUGUGUGCGUAACACAACAAAGUUAUACUUGAAUACAUGGACUAAUGCAUGAAGUCUACAUUUUCAGGUUUCCUCAUCUGCCACCUGAGCAAGCAACGGCUUACUGUUAGCGCUCUGAUGCAGUGUUGUAUCCAUGACGUGUGACAGGGGGUGCCUACUAUUCAGGUACAGGUAUUAGAAGAUUAAAUAGUUUCAUUUCAUUGUCAAUUAUUUGAUAAGCAAAUAAAUAAACAGCCAAUGUUUGCAAACCAGCAAGAUUCAGCCAGGUUUUGCCAGUUUCUUUGGUUCGAACAAUUCAGCAGAAAUUUCAGCUUCCAUUUACUGUAUGCAUUGUGCUUUAUGGUGGUAGUAUGACCUAUAAUAAGAGGCUAUACUCCAAAGCAUAUGCAGCCAAGGAAUAUGCAUUUGUGAAACUCAUCUAUACAAAGGAACAUUUAAAUAAAUCUAGAAAUUGUAGAAAUAGGAACUGUAGUUUCCUUUGUAGUAGUUCUAGCUCUUACCACCAUCCAUCUCUUCCACUGACAAAGCUUCUUUUAUCACUCUUAGUCCAACUUUUCUAGCUCCAGAUGCUAAAAAUGUCUUCCAGAAGGAGUGCAUAAACAUUUGUAUGCUAAUGUAGGACGGCAAUACCCUGCCUUUUAGCAAAGACUCGACAGUCAAAACAAUGUCCUGAUUUCCCUGCAGAUUCUCCAUGCUGUCUGUUCCUAUCAGUCUGUUUUGUGGAACCUCAGUGACCCCAUGUGCUCAGUGGUGCGUUUGAAUGUUGUUCUGUGACUGGUCAAACCAAAUGAAUAUGCUGUACAGAGCUGUGAGUGAUGCAAACUGUCACCCUUCUCUCUUUUUGCUGCUAUUUGUGCUUGCUGAAACUAGAUGUGUCUCUAAAGAUUUGACGUUUUAUUUCAGAAACUUGUGGACUGUUCCAUUAUUUGUUUCGCACCGAUCUAUCUCUCUGUACCCGGCGUCACUCUCCAGAGCUUGUAAGUUUAUGCACUGAUGAUUCUGGCCUUCCUUUUCCGAUUUUACAGCAACUCCGUGUCAGCACAGACAUGUAUGAUUUAUUACAACACAGACUCCUGUCAAGAGAAUCAGCAAGAGGAGUGCUUGUUACACUGAGUGUGUCAUUUAUGAAAAUGAGCUAUUUUAUUUAGCACAGAUGGUUAACUUUAAAAAAAAAAAGUCAUUCUGCCACUCAGAGGCCUCUUGGUGCAGCAGAACACAAUAAUUCAAGAAAGUAGUGCAAAGAAGCAGCUUUGCAUCUAUGUUUUUUUCUUCUUCUUUUGUUUUUCAAGGUUCUCAUACUUAACGGUGAAAACAUUUGACUGUGAAUGUACUUUUUUGUGUCUUACUGUUAGUUUCUAUGGUUUUCUAAUUGCACUAAUAAAUGUGAAGGAACAAAUUCAUCCCACAUUUGUGAAUGGGUGAAAAAGCUGUUAAUGCCUGCCAGAGUUAAAAAUGUAAAACAUAAAUAUAUACGUGCAAAAUGUGAGGUUUUUGUUAACCAAAAAUAAGACCAUGUGUAAUGUAAAACAUGGUGGAUUAUUUAGUUUCAUGUCAAAACAAUAGAUGUUAUAUGCAAUAUAAUGUGAAAAUUGAAAUAUCUUCAAUAAAGUCUAUGACCAACAA